AUGUUACAUAUUCUGACUUUUCUAUGCCGCAUCUUUUUAGUGUGCGGUGAUAGGCUAACGCAUAAAUACAAGGGCAAAACUGUGACUUCUGAAGAUGAGCGCUACGAAGCUGUUCGUCAUUGCCGUUAUGUUGACGAGGUGUACCGCGACGCGCCUUGGUUUGUUGACCUCGACUUUCUACGGAAGAUGAAGAUCGAUUUCGUCGCCCACGAUGCCAUCCCGUACGAGGCGCCCGGUUCCGUUGAUUUGUACCAGCCGUUUCGUGACGCGGGCAUGUUCGUCGAAACUCAGCGUACAGAAGGUGUAUCGACCAGUGACGUCAUCGCCCGAAUUGUCAAGGACUAUGACAGUUACGCACGGCGAAACUUAGCUCGAGGCUAUUCUGCCAAAGAGCUAAAUGUCGGUUUUUUUCAGGUACGGCCACUGGUUUGCUACAUGGUGAGUGCGAACGCUUGUUUGGCCGAGUGUAAUCUGUUUUUUGUUUACGUGAUUAUGCUUCGUCGUUUCCGAUGA